GUGGUCUCUUCAUGUUGUAAAUGCAUACACACAUACCUUAUGAGACCUGCUAUGAGUUCAAAGACUUAAGAGGAUCGGUUUCAGAAUUGCUCACACUGCUACAGGUAUUUCUUCUAUUAUUUUUGAGCCAUGUGACCAAAAAGCACUUCCCAUAGUGCCACUCAAGUAUUGCAUCUGACGUCACUAGGCUUUAUUAGCAAGCAGGGCAGAGUCACCAUCACCAGUUACACUCCAGUCUCUCAUCUAUUGAGUCGAACGCUCCCUCGCCUUGUAGUUCCACACUGCCUUGUCUCAUGCAGAGAGAUACAUUGUGACUCUGGAUGCUUAGAUAAUCCAAGGAGAGACCACUGGAUAUCCUAAAGGACAUCAGUGUCGAAAGAAUCAGAGGAGACGGCUGCCUAUGAUAUUCUUCAUUUCCACCGGCAAUACCAGAGUAAUCUAAUUUAGAAGAGAUGAAUGAAACCCUCCUUGUGAAUGAAACAGCAGUUCCAGCCCCCUGGAUUGAAGCCAGCAAUGGCAAUACAUCCUUGGAGCUUUCCUCCAACCUUGUGGAGUUUGCCAUCAACCCCUGGGACAUCAUGUUGUGUGUAUCUGGGACUAUCAUUGCCUGUGAGAAUGCGAUUGUUGUGGCCAUUAUAAUUUAUACACCAUCCUUGAGAGCACCUAUGUUUGUGCUGAUUGGGAGCCUUGCAACAGCAGAUCUCCUGGCCGGCAUGGGAUUAAUACUGAACUUUGUAUUCCAAUAUUUAAUUCCGUCUGAGACAAUCAGCCUUGUUACUGUGGGGUUCCUGGUUGCCUCAUUCACCGCUUCAAUUAGCAGCCUGCUAGCCAUUACUGUUGACCGGUAUCUUUCACUUUACAACGCCCUGACUUACUUCUCAGAAAGGACUAUAUUCUGUAUCCACAUGAUGAUAGUUAUUACAUGGGUUGUCUCCAUUUGCUUGGGUCUUUUGCCUAUAUUGGGUUGGAACUGCCUGAAUGAUUUGUCAGCUUGCAGUAUUGUCAAACCCUUGACCAGAAGCAACAUGACUUUACUGGCUAUAUCAUUCUUUGUGAUAUUUAUGGUCAUGUUAAACCUCUACUUCAAGAUCUGCAAGAUAGUAUGCAGGCACGCCCACCAGAUUGCUCUCCAGCAACACUUCUUCACAACAUCGCACUAUGUGGCAACCAAGAAAGGUGUCUCGACUCUUGCCAUAAUCCUCGGGACCUUUGGGACUAGUUGGCUACCCUUUGCCAUCUACUGCUUAGUUGGUGAAUACGAGUAUCCGUCAGUGUACACUUAUGCCACUCUUUUGCCAGCGACCUAUAACUCCAUGAUCAAUCCCAUCAUUUAUGCCUUCAGGAACCAGGAGAUCCGAAGGUCAAUUUUUGUCUUAUUCUGUGGAUGUUUCCAGACAAACGUGUCUUAUCGUUCAAGAUCUCCAAGUGAGGUUUAAGUGAUUCAUGUUGACUUGUAACUUUUGCAAAGUGACAAUCUGCUUUUGAAUUGAUUGUGCCUACUAGAUAAAAAUGUAUUGAAAAGGUGUAGCGUAUUAGCACUUUAUUUAUUUGUAGCUCUGGGAGAACUGAAUCGUGAAUUCAAUUUACUGUGAACAAGGAUAAGCAAUGCUGUCAACCAGGCAAUAUUUACCACUGAAAAUGAUUAUUAUCAUUAAAAUAAUAAGCCUGCUGUAUUAUGUCAUUUGUUACCCCAAAGCUGGCAUCAUCACACUGUAAACAACAUGUUUAAAAACACAUUUUAGUAUUUGUAUGCUUAACACUGUAAUGUAUACAUUGUGCAUCUAAAUUAUAUUCUCGGAUAAUUAAUACAAACACUAAAGUGUUACAAAUGUGUUGCAUAAUGUUUGUUAAAUUCUUAAACAUUUGGUUUUACACUACACAGGCUAGUUAUUAUAGCACAACAGAGGUAAAUACAGAUAGAGUACAUUAUUGCUUGGUUAGCGUGACCCAGAUUACUUUUGUGGACCUUUUAUUACCUGUAAUGUGGAAACAUUUCACAUGCUGCUAUAAAAAAAGCACUUUUUUUUCUUUAUUUAACUGCCAAAGCAGUGUUUUAUAUUUGUAAAAAUACAUACCUGCAAGUACUGAUGGUCUGUUUUGUAU